UAGAAAGGCUUCUCAGAUUAGCAGUAGAGCAAAGCAGCUCGUGUCCAAUGAAAGAUAACGAAUGUUUAGCAAUAGCCUGUUUGAAUCUGCUAAGACUUCAGGUGCAUGCAUGGCAGUGCUCGCGUGGUGUCGACAGCGGUGGGACGGCGGAGGGUGCGGAAGCGACGUGGUGCGCGGGCGUGCACUCGGCGCUGGUGGCGUUGGUGGAGGGACGCGCAGGCGCGGGCGCGGCGGCUGCGGCGAGGCGCGCGCUCGCCGCCGCCUGGCCGCUGCUGCUGCCCACGCCGCACGUGCGCGCUAAUCACCUCAUCACUUUGCUACCACAAGGUUCCGUGCCCGCGAGUACUGGCGCGCGGUUCAUGACCGAGCUCCUGGUGUGGUCGCUGCUCGGCGGCGGCGGGCUGCGGGACGCACUACGUAACGCAUUGCAAUCGCACGCGACGGACGCUUACAAUCAUUUACUAUUAGAUGCUGAUUACGAUCAAGUUGACAUAAUCACGGGCCAAAGGGGUCCUCCACCUAUGAAAUCUGGUGAUGAAACUGAUUUGGAUGUGGUUUCAGCCUACACCGAAGAGUAUCAGUUAAAGUAA